GUGCAGCUGGCAAAAAAAAAUACUGGUUGACGUUUAACUGACUUACGAACAAAUUGCGUGUGUGUUUGGCACAUCUUUUUUUGUUGUCGUUUCUUAACUAACACAUGACCUGCAAUUUACCCAUUGUACUGGGUGGUGGUGGAGGGAGCAAAAGAGGAGAGUUUGCAUCUGUGUGCAAGCGGGGGGCAGCGAGUGACUGAAGUGCGGCAGGGAGGGAGAGCUGUAUCGGUCAGCCAUGGGUUUCCGAAAGAAGAACAAGAGCCCGGCGGUGCUGAGCCACGAGUUCGUGAUCCAGAAUCACGCCGAUAUGGUUUCGUGUGUGGCUAUGGUCAUUCUCCUCGGCCUGAUGUUCGAGGUGACAGCGAAGUUUGCCGUCAUGUUCAUCACUGUCCAGUACAAUGUGACGCAAGGUCUUGAUGAGAGGGCUGAGCCAGUGAACCUGUACCAGUACGGCCCUAAAGACAUGGCCACUGUGUUCUUCUACCUGCUCAUCGCUGUCAUACUCCACGCCUUAAUACAGGAAUACGUUCUUGACAAAAUGAAUAGGCGGUUGCAUCUGUCAAAAACCAAACACAGCAAGUUCAAUGAGUCGGGACAGCUUGCUGCCUUCUACUUCAUCUCCUUCAUCUGGGGCUGCAGCAUCUUAACAGCGGAGGAAUUUGCAACAAAUCCUACUUUCCUAUGGGCGGGCUAUCCACACACCCACAUGGUCUUUCAGGUGAAGUUCUUCUACAUUUGCCAAAUGGCCUACUGGCUCCACGCCCUUCCUGAGCUGUACUUCCAGAAAGUGCGAAAGGAGGACAUUCCCCGCCAGCUCUAUUACAUUUGCCUUUACGUCUUCCAUAUCACCGGUGCCUACGUCUUAAACCUCCACCGGCUGGGCCUGGUGCUUCUUGUACCUCACUCCCUGGUGGAGCUCCUGUUCCACGCCUCGCGCCUGUUCUAUUUCAGUGACGAGAACAAACAGAAGGGUUUCACUUUGUGGGCAAUGCUUUUCGUCAUCGCACGCCUCAUCACCCUCACCCUCUCCGUACUGACAUUCGGCUUCGGACUGCCCCGUGCAGAGAACCAGGGAUUCUCACUGGCAAAGGGAAACUUUAAUGUUCUCACCGUUAGGAUGACAUGCCUGGCUGCCAUUUGCCUCACCCAGGCUUGGAUGAUGUGGAAAUUCAUCAACUUUCAGCUAAAGAAGUGGAGGGAGCACAGCCAGAGCCAGGCUUCCAAGGUGAAGGCUAUCAGCCCAAAGAGCAAGCCCCACAAGAAGGACCCAGCCCGGGGAGGUUCUGCAAACGGUGUUGGUCUGAAGUCUGAUGACAAGACAUCACCUCGGGCAAGAAAGGCCUUGUAGAGAUGGAGGGAGGAGAACUAAGUGAGGGGGCUGCUCUCAAUGUGACACUUUUCACCACAUAAAAAAAAGUUAACUUACUGUUCGCCAAAACAACCACUUAAGCGCACAAAGAAACCGUAACUUAACCAUCUCUUGAGUUAGAACUGUUAAAAACGAGGUUCUGUUUUGAUGACCUGAUACGUUUGUGUUCAGUCGUUCUUUCUCAGGAUGUAAUUAAUGUAGGUCGGGCAUGGUCGACUGGUUAAACGCUUUAACUGUAUAAAUUGGUCAAAAAGUGUCCCUUUUGGCGAGGACUUCCUAUUUCAUCCAGCUUCAGGGCCUGAUUCUAUCAAACUUGUUAACCGGGUUUAUGAGGAAGUCAAACAAGUACUGUUCAAUUUGCAUUGCAAGAGUGCAUGUCAGAAUUCAUGUUCUCACCCAAAUAUGUAAAAGAAUGAAUGGGGAAACGUUGGGCAUGAAGUUUAGCCGUUUACCUGGCCGUUGGUUUCGAUUGAAUAGGGACCUCACCAUGAACUCCUAAAGGGUGUCUGUUUACUACCUGUAUUGUUACCUGCCUUUUGCCAUAUGAAACCUGGGCUAUUAUGGGAUUGAGGGCACUAUUUGUCAUUAGUAGCCCCCCAUCUUCUGACUCAACUUGGCCUUCAUCCAGGAACCGGAACUCCUGACGGGAGAUACGGUCUUUAUCCAUGCAGAACUAGAUCUCUUGAGCAAAUGGUGCAUUCAUGUAAGAGUAGGAUUUGUGCAGGUGAGGUUUGUGUGUUUCAGUUCAGGAUUUUGAUCCAUGAUAUCUUCAUUUAACAGCGGCGGUCCUUUCUGCGCUCAGGUUAUGGUUAAGCUUCGAGGGUCAUGGUUAGGUUUUGACGUGCUGUCAUGUUUGAGUUUGCAUAUCUCAGAAGCAUUCGGUGGCCUUCUUUUCACAUCCGCUGGUAGAGUUUUGAGUUAUUUAUUUCAGUCGUAUCUUGUUAAAAAAUUAUCAUGCUUUGGCAACUCUGUUAACCAGCAUAGACGAGGUACAAAGUGAAACGCUUUGUCCCGGCGCUCAACCCAAAUAAUUCAAAACUCCUUUAAGUGUCCUUAAAAUGUCAGUGGCGCGAGCUGUGAAAUUUUCCUUGGUUUCCUUUUCUGUUUGCCUUUUUUUUAUAUCGGGGUUUAUGAUGGCGGGCAGCUGCCUCGGGAAACACCCACCUAUUCUACUGUACGUCCCGUUCUCAGAUGGGAGAGGUGUCUGUUGGUGCGUGUUUGAGCCUUUGUGCAUUGUUACCUGUGGUAAUGCUUCUGUUGUGUCCGUGAGGAGGUGAAUGCGGAGCAUGAGUCAUGCUUUCGUCUUCGCUUUUGUUCUUGGUGGGGGGAAGAAAAAAAAAGUUGUUGCCCUUGUGGCAUUACAGAAUGUGACACAAACAGUUUAUAGACUCUCCUCGUUUCCUUUUUAAAUCCUUUACCUUGUUUUCAUUUCACCCUUUUCUGUUCAUUGACGAAAGGCCUUUGUAACGAAGACGAUGAGUGACAACUGAGUAUAUUCUAUAUAAAGUUAGUUGUUGGAUGCUUACAACCUCUGGCCCUUCCUUAACCCUGUCCUGUAUGAAAGAGAUUCUGUGAGUUCUGUUUGCCAAAUUGAGUUGAGUGUGGAGGACUUGUGUUCUGUUAAGUGGCAAUGUCUCUGAGGAGGAAAGGUGGAGCAGAGGACCUUUUUUACACCAGUCUGUACUUCACUGUAUCGGAUGUUUAAAAUCUACAUGAAUCUAACGCUACACUGUACUAAAAAUGGUCAGAAUUUUUAAAGCUAUUUUUAUAUAUUUGAAGAACUUAGUUCACCAAUAUUCAGCACACAGAUAUAAAUAUCUGAAUUUGAUUUUGCAUCCACAUUGGCAUGUUUUUCUACAUCAAAAGACAAAGCUUUCUCUCCUUUCUAAGUCGGGGUUCACAUUUCAGUUUCACCAUCGUAGUCUAUUUCAUAAACUAGGAUGUAUAUAUUGAGUAGAGUAAAUCAGAACCACUCUGCCAUAAGAUGAUGCUCAGACGGCACUAUGUGGAAACUGUCUACUAUAGUUGUAUUGUAUUCUAAUGUAAUUGCUAUUUGCUGUCCAUGGCACUAGGUAGCAAAGCUACUGUUUGAUCAGCAAGGAUCCUAAUAUGUUUUUUUAUUGUUCUAAGGUGUAUUUAAAUCAGUGGGUCGUCCUACUCUUACACUAGCCUGAUCCCAGACCUGUGUCUUCUUUAGCCAACUCCUCUGCUAGCAUGACAACCAUAGUCAGAGACGUUGACUAGGAUAUUAGUAUCUGAUCAAGGACCAGGCUAUUGCUGACCCUGUAAAACAACACAUUUCACUUCACCUAGCUGGUGUGUGGCACUAACACAUCUAACUAUAUACAACACUUUGAAGUGAUAAUUACAACAAAGGAAAGAUUAGCAUUUUGCCCUUCAUCCAUUCCUUUAUGAAUUGAUUUGAUGUCAUGAUACACUGAGGGGGCCGAGUAACAGGAGUUUCUCUAGCCAGGUUAAGACACACGCUAACCCUGUAGCAUUGAGAAGAGUUGUCUUCUCAAUGCUUACAACCGCUAUUGAAAUAUACAGUGUAGUGAAGCAUGACACCAAUGGAUGCCACUGUGUACUGUCAGCAUGUUGGGUUGUAGCACUGUUCUGUAGCCUAGCGCGAGUCUUGACUGCAAGGACCGUUUGAUCUCUGGUAAGGUGGCAAUGGGGCAACACAAUGCAAAGACCCAUGCUAAUAAUUUAUUAGUGUAUAUCAGCCGUUUAGGUGGCAACGACCAUUUGAUGCAUUUGCAAUGGGAUGCAUACUCCUUCAUAGCAGCCAGCUACACAGAAGAAAAACAUGGUUAUGGUUCAUGCACUGUCCUUGUUUUGUGUUGUUUUUGCUGCUUGCUUCUAGAUUUGUUUUAAAAUUAUUUCAAAAAACGUGUCGUCUCUGGAAUGUAAAUUUAUGCAAAAAUCUUGGUAUUUCUCAAAUUUAUUUUGUUUGUACUUAUUUCAUGUUUGAAUAAAGCCUUUGAUUAUC